AAAAAAAAAAAAAAAAAAAAAAAAAAAAAAAAUUACAGUCAGGUUCGCAUUGCGCAGGGGCGAAUUCAAUGAGCUGUAUGAGAAGCAUUUGACAGUUGCCAGAUCCAAUUCCAGCCAUGACUUCGAAUUGCCGGGCCACGAGAAAAUACCUACAUAAUACACCUUGACCGAAAACAGUUUUUCUCGUUCUUUUUUUUUCGGCUGCUGUUUUAAUUGCAUAAACCAAAAACAGUGAAGGAAAAAAUAAAAUAAACAUAAAAAUCAUGGCUUCCUUACAAAACAACACACCACAUCGACGCUACGACCGGUCAGGCAGUACCCCUCCCCUCUCGUUGCUGCAAGAUGAUGAGCAGCACAAGUGCGAUACCACAACAUUCCGAACCCGCGACCUCGAAACGACGACCUACGAUGAGGAGCGCCGGCGCAAAGAACUACAGGCCCUCAGGGACGAAUAUUCGGACUUCGCAAACAGCUUCGGCCGGCGCGCGCUACACUACAAGAGCGUGCGCGAGAACCCCACGCUUCGGGGUUUCUUCGAUACGGCGCGGGACUUCGACCAGGAACUGCUGGACCUCAAGUUCUUGUUACUCGCGGGGCCCAACCAGGUUCGCUACUUACCAGAGGAUGAUGCGGAGAAUGCCAAAGGAUGCAUUCAUCGGACUAUGACUGUGCUGGAGACUGCCUGCGGACACAUCUGGCGAUGCGUCGAUCUUUGGGCGGUGCAUGCACAUCACGACGCUGGCGACAAACUCGUGUAUAGCGCCGUGCUGAAGAAGUUCGUUAGUCCCGGGAUGCUCGAUGUCGAGCUAAAGUGCCAGCGGAAUUGGGAGAAAAGCGGUCCGCGGCUCGAACGCCUUCUCAAGGACCUGAAAAGCGAAGUCCCGCGCAUGAGGCGGGUAGUACGCCAGCUCGAAGGCAAUAAGGAACUUUCUUUCGUCCGGGAACUGAAGAAUAACAGCCCUCCCGGCAAGGCUUUGAAGGCACCGGCUUUCCUACCGGCGUGUCUGACCUCGGCGGGAAGUCGCCAAUACGAGAUGUCAGGCGCAUUGCCGGUUGACGACAGCGCGCGCAAGACGCCGGCCUGGGUUAACAAUAUGAAGGUUCGCCUCGAAGGACACACCAUCAACGACCCCGCGGAAGUCGAUUUCGGCGCUGUCCCUGGCCGCAUCCGGUACCGAGAGCUCAAGGCCUGGGAGAAGCUGCAGGGCGAAGAGAAUCCGGAAGCGAUGAAAGAUGCGUGGGUGGCGCUCCUAGCCGAUCUAGAUAGGAGAGGUGGCCCGCAUUCGACGGAUGCCAUUCUCUUGCGGCAUAAAGUCGUUACGGAGGUGAGGCUUGCGCUGCGGCGGAUACAGGAACAGGAUGACCGUUGAUUCGGGGAGAAUGGUAAAGACUAAGUUGAUCGACUUACCUUACAUGUAUUUCUACGGUUUAGUGGUUAGGGGGAAAGGGGGGUGGAGAGAGUGUUAUGUUAUGUAAAGUAAGGGAUGCAACAGAUUGCGAGAAGACUCCAUACGCCUUGAUGGUCCAUGUUGACGGUUCGGAGUAUGCAAGGCGUUCAUAGGGCUGCGACGAAGAAAGCAACUCCUAAAGAUACCAGCAGAAUUUCUUUCCCUGCGUUGAGUUAAAUACAUUAGGCAUAGGCAUAUUUUAUAUAAUUACAGCUGCCCCAA